UAUGAAUUCCACUGUAGAUCUCUUCUGUGAGACAAUUAACGAGGAAUCUUUGGGUAAACCAAGAUUCAUCUCUCCCAUCCAAAGGAAGACCCAAAAAGACCCGCUUCUGAAAAAUAAGCCUGCAAGGUUUUCAAAUUACCCAACCUUAGAGACCAUAAAUAGACAGAAAGGAAUCAAAAGGUUCUGUAAACCAAAUGCUGUCUUUAGAGCAGCUGUUAAAGAGAACCUUCGAAGUCGCCAGCCCAUCCAGAGAAAGAACUUUAAACUUGACCUGGAAGAUGACCCUCUCAAUAAACUCCUUGAAAGAGAAAAAGUGAGCUUAUUUUCUAAAAUUUCUCAACUCAAAAGAACCCAAGGGAUGAUUGAAUCAAAGAACUUUCUCGACAGUUCCAUCACUCCUGAGAAUACAUUUGUUAAUGAACGAAUCUCAAUGGCUCAGAACAACAUAAUGCCAACAUUCCCGCUUCAAAAGAUUAGAAGAACUACUUACUACGACUGGAAGAGCCAUGAAUAUGAGGGAGACAUUGUAAGCUUGUUUAAAUAUUAUAGAAACAAAAAUAACUACACUUGUACUAAUUUUAAUAAAACUGAUAAAACUCCUCAAAGUAUCUCCCCAUAUGCCCAAGAUAUGAGUUCAGAUACCGCCCGAGUUGUCAGAAAAUUUAGAAAUGAACGAAAUUUCAGCACAGCUUUGAAAUAAAUUUGAAAAUAACCUGAGCAAGUACAUGCCUCAGUCGCUAGCUGGCCAAAAAGCCAAAGAUUUUAAAAGCUUAGACACAUUAAAAACUGAGCCAAAGCACACUUCUAACCAAGACUCCCUCAAAACUGACCCUGUUCUAGGACCGUUUCAUACAGAAAUUGAAAGAAAAACAGGCACGAAAAAGUGAAAUAUAAAAUUUACAAAUAAAAAAGACUUCAUUAAAUCUCUCCAGCAAACGAUCAUAAAGAUCACAGAGAACCAUAAUAUCAAAAUAGCGAAUCAAAACCUAAAAUUACUAGACGGAGAUGCUUCCAAACACUUCAUGAGCCAUACUGCAAAGAGAGCCUUUAGCACAUCACCACAUGCAUAUUCGAAGGAAACUCCUGUUGAGAACUCUAAAGCUGUUCCUUACUGCAGAGAUAUUGUUCUGAAGAGGAAAAAGGGGCUUUACACAACUAAUCAAGAGAAGGAAGCAUAUUUCUCACAAGAUAAACUCAAAGAAGAAUCCAAGUAAGAAUAAAGUUCAAUGAUACUUAACCUCAAAUUCAAACUGAAGGUCUAAAGAGCACAAGCCUGGGUUUAGCUACAAUUUGAACUAUAUUAAAUUUGAUAACUCUAAGCAAACUGACACUGAUGAUGAGAAUGGCAUUUCUGAAACCAUCAGGCCAUAUAUUGUGAAGAAACCUAAGCAAGACCAUCUCAGAAAAUUUCGGAAGUACCUUGAAAAGCACUAUUCUGGCACAAAAAUUGCUGAAAUCAGGAGCAGGAUUUCCCAAGAUCACUUACCAAAUUCAAACUUUAACUUGAUCCUAAACCUCUUUAACGAAUUUAUUUUGAUCACCCAAAAAUAGGAGGAAUUCGCUAUUUGAUUUUGAGCUAAUCAAGGAUAUAUGUAAAGCCUUCAAACUGCCAAAACCGAGAGGAAUAAUAGACAAUAACUUCAUCACAAUGGUAAAAGAAAAGGUGUUCCAAUCCUUUCUCUAUCAUAUUAACUUCGACAACUGCCUCUAUGAAUAUAAAUGGACCACAAUUAAGGCAGAUUUUCAGAAGAAAACUAUCUACAAAGCAUACAUCUGAAGAGGCAAUAACGGCAAAGUUGUCAAAAAUAUGCUCAAAUAGAAGGUGGUGGUGGAGCUUCACCUCAAAGCCCGACCCAAGAGAAUGUGACUUUAUCUUUACUCAAUGGCUCAGACCGAAUAUUGUCAGAAAGUUAAAGCAUUCGAAGGACAAUCUGACAGAUUCCCAAUUUCAAAAGAUUUCUUUUAAAGAAGAUAAACAAGAAUUUAAACAUAGCUGAAUUUAUAACAAAAUUCCGGAGAAUUAUAAUUUGGCAAAUAAAAAGAACCUAUUUUUGAACCUGGUGAGCUAUUAUAAAUCAAUUGGCAAAGAUCCCAACGAGUUCAUCCCUGAAACUUAUCUCAUAAAGUCAGGUCCUGAACACCCUAGUUUCAUUGAGUUUAAACUUAAAGUUAAAGGCUCAGAUGAAGGCUGCUGGAUCAUCAAGCCAGGAGAGAACUCCAACAGAGGAAGAGGUAUAAAGCUUUGAAGUACUAUCAGUGAGCUUGAAGCUUGUAUGCAAAACAAAUGUCGGUCUUAUAUCAUUCAAAAAUACAUUCAUAAUCCAUUAUUAAUAAACAAAAGGAAAUUUGACAUUAGAGUUUUUGGCUUAUUUACCCAAAUUAAUGAAUGCCAAAAGGGAUAUUUUUUCCAAGACGGUUAUUUAAGGACUGCUUCCAAAGAGUUCACUUGAAAGAACAUCUACAACCGGUUUAUUCACUUAACAAAUGAUGCUGUGCAGAAGAAGAGCGAUAGUUAUGGGAAAUACGAGACAUCAAAUAAGCUAUCCUACAAUGACUUAGAGAAAUACCUCCGAAUUAAUUUCAAGGAUAUCUCUUUUUAUCGAGAUAUUUACCCCCAAAUAAAACAACUUGUUAGAGACAGCUUUCUCAGCGUUUAUAACAAAAUGGGGCAAAAUAGAAUAAAUGCUUUUGAGAUAUUCGGCUACGACUUCAUGAUAGAUGAGAAUUUCAAGGUUUAUCUCAUAGAAGUUAAUACAAAUCCUUGUCUUGAGAUCAACUGUAGCUUGUUAUCAAGUGUGAUAUCAUCCCUAAUAGAUAAUACUUUUAGGAUCACCCUUGAUCCAUAUUAUCUAUAUCCUUUCCAAUUCAAGGACAGCAAAAGAAAUAUUCCUUUGACAGAUUCUAGCAGCACAUUAUCUAAAUUUGAACUAAUUUUUGAUGAAAACUUGGAGAAAGACACUCUAAAAUCCCUCAAAUCCAAAAUAACCAGACCAUCGAUUAAGCAUGAAGCACCAACAAUAGAAGAGUGACAGGAUAAUACCUCUCUAACUUCUUCAGAAGAGGGAAGAAAUGGUCUUUAAGUCAAUUUUGAUUUAAAUUUCAAAGGAAAUUGAAGUUAGCCAAGUAAAGUCUUUCUAUUCAAAAAAUCUCUUUCCUUUCUAUUAAUGAUGUACAUCUUAUUCAGCAUGACCUCAUUCUGCGAGACAUUCCCAGUAUUCCCUGUAUUCAUUUUCGAUGAAGAGUAAAUAGAAGCCAGUUUGUUUUGGUUCUCUUUUGGUUGCAUAGAAUUCGAUAUUAAACUCCUGUCCUUAUUAAAAGAUGCAGUAGGCACCAUCUUCGCAACCUUCAGACUCGCCAUCUCAAUAUUCCUAGAUUGGUCAGGGUCAUCAUGCCUCAGAGUAUCUGUCUUGGGAGGUAGAUACUUAUCCAGAACAGACUUUGACCUAUUCUCAAAUUUUGAAGUGUGAUUCAAGUAGGGUCUAUUCAUCAAUGUUUUCUUAAUAUCUCUCAGCUUUUUUCUCUCAUCAGCUUUGACAAUUAUCUUAUUUUCUUUGUCAUUCACAUCCCUAGGAGUUCUCAUUGCCUUCUUCACAUGAAUAUUUGACAAGCUCUUAUUACGAAGAUUAUUCCCAAUUUUUCUUGACUUAACUGUGGGAUUUUUGAAGAAAUUUUGCAAUUUCUUGAGUCUUUCCUGUCUCUUUGACUUCAAAGGAUUAAAUUCGAUAUCAUUUUGGAAACUAAAGAGAUUGCCAACGGGGGAUAUAUUGUUCUGUUUGAAAGUCUUCUUGCCUCUAUCCUGACGCCGAGGCUGGGAUUUGUAGUGCCUGCUUGUCCUGACCUGCCCGAGGUUGUCAAUAGUCAUAUCCCUGAUCUUUCUUGGAGUGUUGGAGUUCAGCUUUCCUUCUUCCUGAUCUCCAGAAUGAUUGUAUACAUUAUAAGUUUGACCUUUGUUCUUAGCAGCUGGCUUGAAUUUAGGGUAGAGGUUAAGCCUUCCGUUCUUUUCAUAAAGAGAGUUCCGAUACUUCUCAAUGUCAGAUAAAAUAUCAACCAGAUUGCCUGAAGUCAGCUUAGCUCUUUGUGAUUCAGGGACUGAUUGGCCCACUUUCGAGUUAGCACCUUCAAUAUCGUCAGUUCGAAAGUGUCUGCGUGAGUUUACGUUGCCUGCUUCCUCUCUUCUUUUGACAAAAGAUUUCUUAUAAUUUUUAAAGGUCUGAAAAGCAUUAUGGUUAGGGUCUAGUGGUUUAUCAGACUCAUAUUGUCUGAUAAAGCUAGUGGCUCCUCCUAUAUCUUUAGUGUUGUUCUUUCUGUCAUUCUCUGGAGAGACUGCCUUCCUGAAAGGCUUGUUAUCAGCCAUGCCACUUCUGAUCAUAAACUCUGAGUACUCUGAGAGUAGGAGGUUGGAAUCCAUCUUGUUCCCUUCCUUCUGGAAAGUUUGAUUAGAACAAUGUCGAGAGAAGGAAUUCUCAUUUAACUGCUUCUUGAGAGGGUCUAACUGCCUUCCAGGAGCACCCACAUUCCUUUCAGAAUAAUCGCUAAUCAAUGUGUUGAGCUGUUUACGUUUGGAUUUCAUCAUCAUGUAGCGAGAGACUGGUGAGCUCGAGGUUGGAGCGUUCUUUGGAGGGUGAGAAGGGUGAGGGACUUUUUCUUCCAUUUUCCUUUUC